AUGAAUUUAACAACCCGCCGUCUUCUUUCUUCGUCUCAGACCACAAUGCGCACAAUAAGUCAUUUUUUUCGAUCAUAUACGGCAGACCCACCGUUCAGAAGACCAGGACCAAUUCCUUUAGGUGAUCCAAAAGAACAAAAAGAAUUCGAAGAACUAGUUCGUAAAAAUCAAGGAUCAUUUACCAGCACUACGAUGGCAAUUGAAGAAGAGGAAUUACAAGCACAUCCAGAUGUAAGAGAGAAACCACCACCACAAUUUGAAGGCGAAAAGAAUCCUAUAACAGGUGAGAUAGGAGGUCCUAAACAGGAUCCUUUGAAACACGGAGAUUGGAGUUAUGGAUCGAGAGUUACAGAUUUUUAG